AUGGUUAGUUAUGUGUCACCUGUGAGAGCAUCAUUGCUGCAUCAUUGCACUGAUCCCUCCUCAGGAGUUGGUGCUCCCAUAUGUAUGCCUUCUCCCAUCAUCUCCUCAACACCUCAGAAGCAUGUCUCUUCCAAGUCUUCUUUGAGUGAAACCAGCUUUAGUUCCGCCACUUUCACUCGUUCACCACGGAAGCUCAAGUUUGUUCAGCACUCUGUUGAUUUGGAAGAAAACCACAAUCGGACAUAUAUCAGGGAAGCAGAAGCUUCACCAGUGAAUGAUAUGCACAAGGAGCUGUUUAGAUUGGAAGGGACAAUGUCUUCCCCCAAUGUUGCAACUCGUCUUCCCACGAUUGACACAUCGACAUUCACUCGACGAAAGAGUCGAAAUUCUUGUGUGCUGCAGGGGUCUUUGCUCAACAAAACAUUCACAGCAGAUGAGAAGCAGGAAGAGAUUGGUGGGGAAGAGGAAGAUGGACGGAGCAGUGCAUCAAGUGGUGGUUACCGUCUUUCUGAUGUUGAGGAUGUCCAGAAUGUUGCUAGACUCCAAGAAGAGAUCCUGAAACAUCGCCUCAAGGGACAAGAGGACGAGGAAGAAGAAGAGGAGGAUAGUGGGUACUUGCCCCCCAAGCUAGACUCAGAGCCAUCCAGCAUGGCAUCAAGUCCAUACAGUUCUCAGUCACUUGAUAGCAAUGAUGCUGCUCCUUUGCCUCUACCAAAGCCAGAAAUUGGAAGAAGCAUGCCAAACUUGAAUCAGGUGAGGCUGUCUAGUGCAGCCACACGGUCAAAGCUCAGCCUUCCCAAAUCCCAUCUACCAUUCAAAGCUGGAGUUCAGUAUAAAAGUGAUCCCAAACUGGCUCCAUCACACAAUUCAAGGAAGGUGAUAUCUUCAUCUUCAAGGGGAAUGUCUACACCAAGAGGGUGUGGCAGAAUCCUUCCUCAGGCUCCCUCUGUGCCUUCCUCUCGCCAUCAUGCCCAGUUCUCCACUCAAACCAAGGUAUCUGUGAGAGAAUUUCCUUCAUCCCUGAAUACAAACUUUGUGCAAAAAUUACAAAUGGAAUUUGCUGGUGUUGAUGCAGAGGAGGGGAACUGCAAACAAUGGUCACCCACAGCUCUAGUGCACAUCUGGACUAACCAUACAUCAGACUCAGAACAACUGCCUGGAGUCCUACUUGGUAUAGGAACUGCAAAAGACAUCUUGAAUGCACUUCUAUUCUUUCAGCUUGUCCCCUCUAUCUUGAACAAGUGA